GGCGGUUCCCUCAGCGCGGCGGCGCCGGGGCCGCAGCCGGGCCCUGCCGGACAUGGCGCCCGCCAUCGCCGCCGAGGAGGGCGGCCGGCAGCGCCGCGCCGCCGCCCGCCAGCACAGCCUGGACCUGGCGGGCGACCCGCCCCGCGACGGGCUGCCCGGCGACACCGAGGCGCUGCUGCCGGCCCCGGCGCGGGGGUACCGCGCGGAGCUGGGCAGCAUCCUGCUGCUGCUGGUGCUGUACGUGCUGCAGGGCAUCCCGCUGGGGCUGGCGGGCAGCGUGCCGCUCAUCCUGCAGAGCAAGAACGCCAGCUACACCGACCAGGCCUUCUUCAGCUUCGUGUUCUGGCCCUUCAGCCUGAAGCUGCUGUGGGCGCCCUUGGUGGACGCCGUGUACGUGCGGGGCUUCGGCCGCCGCAAGUCGUGGCUGGUGCCCACGCAGUACGUGCUGGGGCUCUUCAUGAUCUACAUGUCCACGCAGGUGGACGCGCUGCUGGGCGACGGCCGCGGCCGCGGCCCCGACGUGGCGGCCCUCACCGUCACCUUCUUCCUCUUCGAGUUCCUGGCGGCCACGCAGGACAUCGCGGUGGACGGCUGGGCGCUGACCAUGCUGUCCCGGGAGAACGUGGGCUACGCCUCCACCUGCAACUCCGUGGGGCAGACGGCCGGCUACUUCCUGGGCAACGUGCUGUUCCUGGCCCUCGAGUCCGCCUCCUUCUGCAACAAGUACCUGCGCUUCGAGCCGCAGCCGCGCGGCAUCGUCACCCUCGCAGAUUUCCUGUUUUUCUGGGGAGCUGUCUUCUUGAUUACCACUACAUUGGUUGCCUUUUUGAAGAAGGAAAACCAGGAGCUAAUACCAGCAAAGGAAGAAACAAAAGGCAUCACUGACACAUACAGGCUGCUAUUCUCAAUAAUCAAGAUGCCAGCAGUUCUUACUUUCUGUCUCUUGAUCCUCACUUCAAAAGUUGGGUUUUCAGCAGCAGAUGCUGUAACAGGACUCAAACUGGUGGAGGAGGGAGUCCCCAAGGAGCACCUGGCUCUGCUGGCAGUUCCAAUGGUUCCUUUGCAGAUCAUCUUGCCUCUGGUUAUCAGCAAAUACACAGCGGGCCCCCAGCCCCUGAACACCUUCUACAAAGCAAUGCCUUACAGGUUGCUGCUUGGCCUGGAAUUCGCUUUCCUGGUGUGGUGGGCUCCUAAAGUAAAGCAUGAAGGAGGAUUUCCUGUCUACUACUACGCUGUGGUGGUGCUGAGUUAUGCUCUACACCAGAUCACCCUGUACAGCAUGUACGUGGCCAUCAUGGCCUUCAACGCCAAGGUCAGCGACCCGCUCAUUGGGGGCACCUACAUGACCCUGCUCAACACCGUCUCCAACCUGGGGGGCAACUGGCCCUCCACGGUGGCCCUGUGGCUGGUGGACCCCCUCACAGUGAAGGAGUGUGCCGGGGCCCAGGGCCACACCUGUGCCACUGCAGCGGCCACAGAGCUGUGCACAGCAGCUGGGGGCUCCUGUGUGACCACCCUGGACGGGUACUACGUGGAGUCCAUCAUCUGCGUCAUCCUGGGCUUUGCCUGGUGGUUCUUCCUUGGACCAAAAUUCAAAAAGCUGCAGGACGAAGGACAGUCCUCGUGGAAGUGCAAGAGGAGCAAUUGAUGCACUUAGGCGUUGGAUGGACCAGCAAGGUGGUUUUAGUUUUAUUACAAAGACAUACCCCAUAAUCAGCACCCCGGAAUGUCGGUGUUCCUGUGCCACGCCAGGGAGAUCUGCGUGGCCGAGGCAGGCUGUGUGUGGCACCACUGCCCUCC